AUCACUAAUUAAGCAAUACAAUUCUUUCCAUUUGUUUAGUCUUCUCUUCGAUCCCUUUAUCCGGCAAUUUUGAUCGAAAUUUAUCGGUUAAAUGUGUGUUAAUUUCGUGGGUUUGUUGUCCAAAAGCGAAAAGUUGUGAUGGCUUAUACGGGCCUUCCUCAUGAACUAUCAUCAGAUUCGAUUCGUCUUGUUCUCGUCGAUGAUGAGAACUGGACAACUGAUAAAACUCCAAAUAGUGCAAAGGACAAGGGAUUGAAAGGAAUAACAGUUGAAUUGGAUCGUCUUCAGAUGAGUAGUGAAAAAUUAAGAGCUCCAAUUAGUCAUCACACAAGCAAGUUUCGUGAUAAAACUCCAAAGCCAAGACCAAACAACAAAUACUGUACAAUAUCUCCGGAAAUGACGGGAUCACCAAAGAAACAUCAUCUCAUUCAUCAUCAUCCGCAAGGUCAACGAAUUGCUGCCAUAAAAUCACAAUCUCUGCCCCGUAAUUCAUCAUUGACUUCCGUAAAUAGUGCUGAAUCGGGCAUCACAGCUGUUGCAGAAGUAGAUACAACUGUUGGAAAUGUUUUAUGCUUGGCUGUCGAUGAUCUGGCAUCACAAAUGACACUUUUAGACAAACAAGUUUUCGCUGCAAUCCAAAUCUCCGAGUUUCAGAGUUGUUGUUGGACAAAAAAAGAGAAAUGCAUUACAUCGCCGAAUAUCGUGGCAAUGACAAGACGAUUUAACAACGUUAGUUUUUGGGUAGUGCAAGAAAUAUUAAAUGGCGUAACUGCCAAAGAACGUGCCGACAUAAUUUCGCAUUGCAUAAAAAUUGCAAAACGUUUGUACGAACUCAAUAAUUUGCAUUCGUUGUUCGCCAUUGUCUCUGCCUUACGAAGCGCAAGUAUCUAUCGAAUGAAUAACACAUGGAAUGCUCUUUCGAAGAAAGAUAAGCAAACACUCGAUAAGCUCGCGCAAUUGUUUAGCGAAGACAAUAAUUGGGAGACAUUGCGACAAUAUUUGGAAACUCUAAAAUUGCCCUGCAUUCCUUAUUUGGGCUUAUAUCUCACCGAUUUGGUCUACAUUGAUCUCGCAUUUCCAAAUCGAACGAAGGGACUCGACAUCGAAUCAACACGCGAAUCUAAAAUGAACAAUAUUUUACGAAUCAUAUCGGAAUUCCAAUCAUCUGACUACAGUUUUAUUGAGGCAAAGCCGGAAAUACAGAAAUACUUGCAAUCAAUGCGAUACAUCGAAGAACUACAAAAUAUCUUCGAAGAGGAGCAAUACAAAAAAUCUCUCUUACUUGAACCAAAAAUGCAAACGAGCACUCCGAGUACAAGCAAAGAAUCAGUAGUAUCGAAUUUAAAUCUUUCUCCCGCAAAAUCAAGCUCUAUGAGAGCUACAUCAAGUGCUGUUGGACCAAAUGGAAUGUUGCUCUCACAAAAGUUCAAACCGGGACACAGAAAAUGUCAAAGUUUGGGAACAAAUAUUUUUCAUCGUUUCCAAAAUCAGACUCAAUUACGCCCGUGUUCUUCAUCUGCAAACAAAUCAGGCAUUGUAAACGGAGGCGCAGAUGUUGUAAAUCGUCAUCUUUUAGAUGAUUCUGAGCUCAAUGAAACUCCCAAAGAUAUCCCCGAGUCUCCGCAAGAACUUCAUGACAUCAGCUUAAAAAGCCCUCUAUCUGAUAGUUUGGAUUUCCAAGGUUACGUUCGUCGAAAAACAAUUUUGAAGGAAGGCAAGAAACCAACUGUUAGUUCAUGGCAACGUUUUUGGAUUCAAAUAUGGGCAAAUUCUCUCAUCUACUUCCCGCCGAAAUCCCUGAAGGGUUGCGAACGAAGUGACUUUAAACGUGAGCCCAGCAAAAUUCGAUCUCUCGAAGGAUGGCGUGCAACAAGCGUCGAAAAUACUCAACAAGGAAACACUUUUCAACUGAUCAACCAAGAUUUGGGACACAUUUAUAAAUUCAGAACAAGCUCAUCGGAGAUGACAUCUUUGUGGUUGAAAGCACUUCAGGGAAACAAUAACGAUCAAGAGAAACAAACUGCAGGCAAUGGAACUCGACAAGUAAACUCCAAAUAUGGAUCUGCGAAUCUCAUGACAUUUGAAUGAAUUGUUAUGUAAAUUUUAGAAUUGGUAGAGCAUACACAUAAAACACUAAAGCACUAAUGUAACAUAACUUUCCUAUAAUUAACAAGAACUCAUACCUGAUUAUGUAGCAACAUUAAACACGAAAAAGAUUGGGAAUUAAAAAAAAAUACAUAAAGGCCAAAAAACAUCAACUAAUUUAUACACAUGUCAUAGUUUGAUAGAUACUCUUAUAAAUAUCUUAUGUAGUAGUAAAAUAGAAGGUAGUUGUCUAUAACAAAAGUCUGACGAAAAUAUUCAAAAGGAGUCAAUUCUUUAAAAGUUUAUCGAAAUGACGCAAAAUAUAAUCAUUCAAUAACUUUUUCUAAAAGCUAAAACGAAGAAAAAACAUGACUUUUUUUUAGACAAAACAAUU